UGUCCAGUGAACGGUGUUGGAGACGUCUGUGAGAACGACUUUGACAACGACGCGGUGCUGGACCUGGUGGACGCGUGUCCCGAGAGCGCCGAGGUCACUCUGACGGACUUCAGAGCCUAUCAGACCGUGAUCCUGGACCCUGAGGGAGACGCCCAGAUCGACCCAACCUGGGUGGUGCUGAACCAGGGGAUGGAGAUCGUCCAGACGAUGAACAGCGACCCCGGUCUGGCUGUGGGCUACACGGCGUUUAACGGCGUGGACUUCGAGGGAACGUUUCACGUCAACACGGUAACCGACGACGACUACGCCGGCUUCAUCUUCGGCUACCAGGACUCGUCCAGCUUCUACGUGGUGAUGUGGAAGCAGACGGAGCAGUCGUACUGGCAGUCGCUGCCGUUUAGAGCUGUAGCCCAGCCCGCCCUGCAGCUCAAG